AUGGAGACUGGUGUCCGUGUCACCUCGUGCACGUGUCUACGAGGCCGUGACAGAAGCAGCCCAACUGCUUCGUUGGCAGAUACUUCCUGUUCUCAGGUUGGCAGAUACUUCCUGUUCACAGGUCGGCAGAUACUUGCUGUUCUCAGGUCGGCAGAUACUUCCUGUUCUCAGGUCGGCAGAUACUCCCUGUUCUCAGGUCGGCAGAUACUCCCUGUUCUCAGGUCGGCAGAUACUCCCUGUUCUCAGGUCGGCAGAUACUUCCUGUUCACAGGUCGGCAGAUACUUCCUGUUCUCAGGUCGGCAGAUACUCCCUGUUCUCAGGUCUGGAUAUACUUGCUGUUCAACCUCAGGGCGUGGAAAGAUUCUUCUUGCCCCUUCACCAACAAUAACCCAACUACCGAACCAUCCUCAACUACCAAACCAUCCCCAACUACCAAACCAUCCCCAACUACCAAACCAUCCCCAACUACCAAACCAUCCUCAACUACCAAACCAUCCCCAACUACCAAACCAUCCCCAACUACAAAACCUUGGUCAACUACUAAACUUAAUGAACUACUAAACUUCCCCACUACCAAACCUUGCCCAACUACCAAACCAUCCCCAACUACCAAACCAUCCCCAACUACCAAACCAUCCCCAAACUACCAAACCAUCCCCAACUACCAAACCAUCCCCAACUACCAAAAAUCCUCAACUACCAAACCUUGGUCAACUACCAAACCAUCCCCAACUACCAAACCAUCCCCAACUACCAAACCAUCCUCAACUACCAAACCCAUCCCCAACUACCAAACCAUCCCCAACUACCAAACCAUCCCCAACUACCAAACCAUCCCCAACUACCAAACCAUCCCCAACUACCAAACCAUCCCCAACUACCAAACCAUCCAUCCCCAACUACCAAACCAUCCCCAACUACCAAACCAUCCCCAACUACAACCUUGCCCAACUACCAAACCAUCCCCAACUACCAAACCAUCCCAACAACCAAACCAAACCAUCCCCAACUACCAAACCUUGCCCAACUACCAAACCAUCCCCAACUACCAAACCAUCCUCAACUACCAAACCAUCCCCAACUACCAAACCAUCCCCAACUACCAAACCAUCCCCAACUACCAAACCAUCCCCAACUACCAAACCAUCCCCAACUACAAAACCUUGGUCAACUACUAA